AUGUCAAGCAAGAAGAAACACAAAAGGAAACUCAGCGACAGUGACGACGACGACGACGUUUUCUACUACCGCUACUGCGCUUCAUCAUCAACUCCUAACACCACCACCACCACUGCAUCCAGUAACCAACCACAAUCAAAACCGAACAACAAAGGGUCAUCAAUAGGAGGAACCGGGGAACCCUUAGCACCAUCAAAAUCAACGCUAUACGUUUCAAAUCUAGAUUACUCCCUAACAAACUCCGAUCUCCACACUCUCUUCUCCACUUUUGGUCGCAUCGCGCGCGUAACCGUUCUCAAAGACCGGCACACGCGCCUAAGCCGUGGAGUCGCGUUUGUCCAAUUCGUUUCUCGUCACGACGCUCAACGCGCUGCGACGGAGAUGAAUAAGAAGAUUCUCAAUGGACGGACUCUGACUGCUUCUAUUGCUGCUGAUAAUGGACGUGCUCCGGAGUUUAUUCGGAAGCGUGUGUACAAUACUGAGACUGCUUUGUGUUAUGAGUGUGGGGGGCGUGGUCAUCUGUCGUAUGAGUGUCCUAAGAAUCAGUUGGGGCCGAGGCCGCGGCCUCAGCCUAAGAAGCUGCGGCGGGGAUUUGGUGGGGUGAGGGAUAGGGAGGAGGAGGGUGCUGAGGAGGAGGAAGAGGGCGGUCAGAUUGCUGCGGAGCAGUUUGAGGAUAAUUGGGCUUCUGUUGUGGAUGAUGAAGCUGGGGAGAGGUUGCUGGGGAGAAAUGGAAAUGAUGAUGAGGGUUUAGACAACAAGAAGACGAAGAAGAAAGGGAAGAAAGUUGGGUAUUUUAGUGAUGAGAGUGAUCAUGAUGAUGAUGAUUGA